UUGACGCUUCUCUGUGGGUGUGGGAAGGUGGUCCUGGUUGAAAAACACCGUCCAGAAAAGCAACCGACGGGAUGACUUUGAGUGUUCUUGUACACUUCUUUAACAUUUUGUAACACCAUGAAAACAAAUUAGCAAACUCUAAAAGUGACAAAGUGUCGCCAAGAAAGGCCGUGAUGGAUUUGAGUUGUUUGUCCUCGGGAGUAAAGUUGGGAAACUACGAGGUGAAAAUGGAGAGCCCAGCUGAGUGAGAGUGGGGUGAGGAGGCUGGAUUUGGCAAAAGUUGGGAGUCCUGCCUUGCUGCUAGCAGGCUAGUUAGCGUACUUAGACACUUCGCUAUCUCGGCCUCCCUUCACUGUUCUUCAGCUUGUGAUUCUCCAGGGGAGCUGCUUCAUGUGUGGCUAGACCGCUGCUGACAUUGCAGCUUUUCCCAAUGGAUCAUAGCGUAGUUGAUGGUGGUCUUAUUUUCCCUGGAAGCUUUGAAUGAGUCCUGAGGACAACUUUGUAUUUUCCCCCUAAAGGCAGCUCCGGUUAAGCCUGCUUUAGAGAAGCUGGAUAACGCUCAGGCUAACGGCUCCCUUUCGGAUCAAACUUUUUUCUUCUUUUUUUUUUUUGCCGUGAGCAUCCACACCGGCUGUAUCCAUUCCAUUUUCUCUGUACAUUAUCCUAUCUGAGAUGCAUCCUUGAUAACAUCUGACUGUGUGGCCCUGCUACAGGCCUACCGAAGCACACUGAAGACAACUAGUACCAGAGAUUUGCGUAAGCUGCAGGCCCAUUCAAGAUGUAUUCAUGAGCACUUGGGAGUUGUUAAACCAGACUCAAUCGCAUUCAUGUACUGUAACUGCUGAUACCAGCUCACUGGUACUUGAGUGGAUGUAAUCCGCUUUAUUCAUGAACCCUCAAGCUGAGUCUGGGUGCAGCCUGGAUGUUGCUGUUAAAUCGGCUGUGGCGGUGAUGAGGCAGGGCUCCUGGUGGCCUGUGUGGCUGACUGGGCAGUGGCCCAAGGUGAUGUGAUGGGGUGCCGGAACAGUAAGGUCCUCCCUGAGCCUCCAGAGGAUGUUAAGUUGGACCUGGUCAAAAAGGUUGAUCCUCAACCUCAGACAGAUAUCUAUAAGCACUUCAUACGAGGGGAUGGCUCUGGAAGCAAGAUGGGUGUGGCUGGUGGCGGAGCAGGUGACAAAGCAGAGAUCACCUCCCCACAUCAAGCCCAGUCUCACACUGCCACUCCCACCGCUUCAGCUCACCUCCCUAAGGACCUGUCCGAAUUGCCGGAUCCUCAGCGAAGGAAAGUGGCGAAAUACAGAGCUAAGUUUGAUCCCCGGGUUACAGCCAAGUACGAGAUCAAAGCUUUGAUAGGCCGGGGAAGCUUUAGCCGUGUGGUCCGCGUGGAGCACAAGAGCACCCGACAGCCAUACGCAAUCAAAAUGAUCGAGACCCGGUACCGUGAGGGGAGGGAGGUGUGCGAGUCAGAGCUGUGUGUUCUGCGUCGUGUUCGUCAUACUAAUAUAAUCCAACUCAUGGAGGUCUUCGAGACAGCUGAGCGUGUCUACAUGGUCAUGGAGCUGGCCACUGGAGGAGAACUUUUCGAUCGGAUCAUCGCACGCGGCUCCUUCACAGAGCGGGACGCCACACGGGUGUUGCAGAUGGUGCUGGAUGGCGUCAAGUAUCUCCACACUUUGGGGAUCACUCACCGAGACUUGAAGCCUGAGAACCUGCUUUACUACCACCCGGGACCUGAUUCCAAGAUCAUCAUCACUGAUUUUGGUUUGGCCAGUAGCAGGAAAAAGGGAGGCGAGUGUUUGAUGAAGACCACCUGCGGCACACCGGAGUACAUAGCGCCUGAAAUCCUAGUGAGGAAGCCGUACACAAACGCUGUGGACAUGUGGGCGCUUGGGGUGAUUUCCUACAUCCUGAUGAGUGGAACCAUGCCCUUCGAGGACGACAAUCGCAUGAGGCUCUACCGCCAGAUCCUCAAAGGGAAAUACAGCUUUUCUGGAGAGCCAUGGCCCAGUGUGUCCAACCUUGCCAAAGACUUUGUAGAGCGUGUUCUGACAGUGGAUCCCAGUGAGCGACUUACCGCCGGUCAGGCCCUCAAGCACCCCUGGAUCGUCAGCAUGGCAGCCUCGUCGUCCAUGAAGAACCUGCAGCGUUGCAUAUCUCACAACCUCCUGAAGCGUGCGUCCUCACGCUGCCACAGCACCAAGUCAUCCCAGUCCACGCGCUCCAGCCGCUCAACCAAAUCCAACAAGGCUCGGCGGGUGAGAGAGAAGGAGCUGCGAGAGCUGAACCGGCGCUAUCAGCAGCAGUACGAUGGCUGAAGCAAGGCCCAACAGCCAGCAACUGUAGCGGACCUUCUUUCUUCUUUUUUUUUUUUUCUUUAAACAACACAGCAAUGACUGAAGCUUUGAGUUGCUGCCAGUGUUUGGGGGGCAAAAGUGUCUUGAAGUCCCACAUUUCUGCCUUAAAACAAGGAUAAUGACUUGACUAAAUCCAUGACUCUAAAAUGACAAAGCUGAAAAGUAACUGAGACUGUAGAACAAGUCAGAAAGAUGACAAAAUCAUUCAACGUCUAUGGCAGUGUGUUGCAACUGCUCCAUCCAACUCUUUCACAUUUACUUUUAGCAGGAUGGUGCCUUUCACUUUCCUUGUGUUCUCCCGUUCCCUGUGUCGCUACAUAUUUAUUUAUUAUUGUUGACAUGAUUAUUAGUCUCCAUUCAAAUGGUCACUGGAUAAUGACCUUCCACAAGGAUCUGUUGAACAGAGUUCUGGAUACUGACAUUACUAAGAGGAAAGAGAUUCUUCAGAAGAGGAGGGAAACGCAUUCCUCUCACUCAUUUCUGAUUGCUGUGAAUUUAUUAUUGUGCUAAUUGUAUAGACUUUGAUUUGAGAUGUGGUUAAUCAUAUCGAGCUGCAACAUAAUCACACCGUUUUAGGCCAAAAUGAUUUAGUCAGUCCAAAGCUUAGUUACUCUUGCCAUUAUUGUUAAGAUCCUAAAACUAUCAAAAGAUUGUGAAGCCCCUUCUUUUUUCUUUUUUUUUUUUCUUUUUUUUCUUUGCGUCGCUGUUAAAUCUUAGUUGUGUUAGGCAAUAAUAGAUUAUUGCCUAACGCAGCCUGUGUCAUUUUGAUUUGACACUGCUCGUAAAGUACCAGCGAUGAGCCUUUCCUUGUUGUACAGCAGGGAUUUGUCUUAAUAAUGGAAAAUGGCCAUUGAGUUUUCUUGAUCACCGGCACAUGAAUCUUAGUCACAGAUACAUAGGCUGCUUUGGGUUUCCAUGAGCUUUUCAUACUGUCUUUUAGAAAUGUAGCCUAGCUUUAAAAUAAUUGUGUAAGAUUUAUUAUGAAUUGAUUAUUUUCACCGAGUAAUUUCCAGGUGUUAUGACACUCUACCAUUAGCUUAUUGAGCUAGCCAAGUGACAGAAAUGGCAUUGUCCUGCUGUGAAAGAGCUUAACAAAGCUAUGGCAAAAUAAUUUAAAAAAUAUUCUUGGAAGCAUGGUAAAUUUAAAUUAGAUUCCACAAAAGUGCCACACAUUGCAAAUUGUUAUGAUAACAGUAGAGUGACCAAGUAACUUUAGAUAGGUUAGCGUUUUUGGAGCUUGCCUGUUCUUUCAAAACUGAGUAAAUGCUAAUUCUGAAACUCUAAUAAGCAUAUUUAAAUAAAACAAGUAGGAAAUCAGAUAUCAGGAAAUCAUUUUCUCCAAAAACUUAAUUUCUAUUGUUGGUAUUAUAUAUGUUGUAACUGUAACACUUUUAAAGGUGUAAGUCAGUUUAGUAAGUGUGUAGUUUGUUUCCUAAAUCUUAAGAAGCACUCUAUUUACAAACUUCAUACAUUUAUUCCACUACAUUUAAGUUUUGAUGCAGCCUUGUCUUAAAGUCCCACCAACUUUGUCCCAAAAUGUUACUCAGAACGGGAGACAUAUUACAGAGUAUGCUUUAGAAAAAUAUGGAAGGAAAAUGAUGAAGAUAAACAGACAACUGAUGCUAAGCAACUGAUAUCUAAUGUUGGGCUUGCUCUAAUUGGCUUGGAGAAAGUCAUUUGAAAAACCCACAUAUAGUCAUGGAGUUUGUGGAGAUUAAAGAGAUUGUGUUUUGGUUUUUCGUAAUGUAUUUAGCUUUCAGUGGAUGUAAACACUCUAAAAUGAAGGAGAUAAAGAGUGCAGCCAUGCAGCUAUACAGUUUAAUGCACAAGGCUUUUUUUAUACAGAGACAUUUUCAACUUAAGUUAUAAAACAUUCAAACAGCUCGCUACAAGAACUCUAGUUGAUCAGAUCUGCAAUAGGAGCUGCAAAGAAACUGUAGUUGUUAGUUUUUUCUGAUGUUUACGGUCUAAACCAUUUCCACUAAACUUAUGAAUAUUUAGCAUCAUUGCGCAAUGAAGUAUUGUGACCAGUGCACAAAUCAGAGCUAUGCUGAUGAAAUAUCAAUACCUUUAAAUGAAAAAGUGAUUUUUUUUUUUUUUAAACUUUGUUGAUGAAGAUGGUUAAAGUGAUGACUAUUCCCAAGUUGAUAGGGAAAAAGAAUCCCAGAAGUAUUACAACCAAAAGUCUCACAAAUGAGAUUGAAAUUGUUUGUCCUUUUUGCUGUUUUUCUUUCUGGCAAAGCACUUAAUGUACAGUACUGAACUGAGAUUCAUGAUUUUCUAGUUUGUUUGUUUUUUUGUUAUUUUUGUUUUUUCAGAAGCCUUCCAGAGGAAAUUUAAUGGUACUUUGCCGUCUUUCCGUCUUUGCUUUUUAAGGAUUUUGCUGUGAUCUUUCCUAGAGUUUAAAAGUGUGCUGUUGUGAACUUUUUAAUAUGUACUGGAAACCUGAUCGAGCCAUGUCCGCUGACCUCAGUUUUUCCUUUGCUUUUUGUCUUUUGGCUUUCACUUUUCUUCCGUGAGGCUUUGUCAUCUCUCUGAUGCAACUGUUUCCGUCGUCUUUGAUCAUUUUUAGUCUCUUCCUUUGUCCUACUGCUGUUUUUCUUAGUAUUCCUGUACAGGUAAAAUGCUUAUUUUUUAUUUUUUAUAUAUAUAUAUAUAUCUAUAUAGAUAUAUAGAUAUCUAUAUCUCAAUUAAAUAGAAACUGUAAAGCGAAACUCUAAUUUUCACCCUGUGCGCCCAAAAAUGUUGUAUUGAUAUCAAAUGCACAGUCUGCAGGCUUUAAAGAAUUUGUGUUCUUUGCUGAGAUAUCAGCUGUAGCCGUGUUAAAAGAAUGCUUUGAGUGACCUCUUGAAUGAUUUUUCUUUCCAACCUACAGUAUUGAGUGUGUUCAUUUGGUCAAAAGUGAAUCAACAGUUAAAUUAAAAAAAAUAAGAAUUAUAGCUACAGAUUAUGCAUUUGGACUCAAAAGGGAUUUCUGUAGUUGAAUUAGUCAUUACUGAGUGGCUGUUGUGUGUCAUGUUCAGCACAUUUGUAAAAAAUGUUUCCUUUCAUGUUUUUAUAUACGUUUCAUUUUAUGCCAAUGCUGUCUUUCUAAAUGAAGUAGCCAACUCAGCACUGUUACAUGAAAACAGUUCAUCUUGUGUUAUUGUGUCAAAAUAAAUGAUAAACUUUGAUUCCUCUGCCAUUAACUUUUUAAUUUUUUUUUCUUUAACUCAUGAGUUGUGUGUGCCAAUAAAGCACCGAAACCUGACUUGCUGCUUCUUUGCACUUUCCAUAUUUGCAGAUGGGUCAAAUGUUUGUUUGUUCAAAUAUAUUGAGAAAUCCAACUAUUUCCAGGGGCUUCCCAAAGAUGUACCUUUGUUAGGCGGCCAAACAAGAUGAAUAAUGUAACACUACUUGCAAGUGAAAUAGGCAAAGCACUUUUAGACAUGUGCCAUUUAAAGAAACAAAUGUUACUGUUGCACUCAAAUAAAUUCUUGCUCAAAGCUAAAUACUAAAGUACUAAAAUACUUUUAACACAAGCAGGAAAGCACAGUGGAAAUGUACUAAUACUAACUAGAGAAAAUUGGAAAAACGGUGGGUAGUCUAUCCUUCAAGCUUGGGUCCUCUACCAGAGGCCUGGGAGCUUGAGGAUCCUGUGCAACAUCUUUGCUGUUCCUAGGACUGCGCUCUUCUGGACAGAGAUCUCAGAUGUUGUUCCCAGGAUCUGCUGAACCUACCUUCGGGGUCACUGCACUUAGUGCUCAGAUUACCACCGGGACCACUGUUACCUUCACCCUCCACAUCUUCUUGAGCUCUUCUCUGAGCCCUUGGUACUUCUUCAGCUCCAAAUGUUCCUUCUUCCUGAUGUUGCUGUCAUUUGGUAUUGCUAUGUCUAUGACUAUGGGAAUCUUCCUCUGCAUGUCCACCACUACUAUGCCUGGUUGGUUAGCCAUUACCAUUUUGUCCGUAUGUAUCUGUAAGUCCCACGGGAUCUUUAGCUCGGUCAUUCUUGACCACCCUAGGGGGUGUCUCCCAUUUUGACCUUGGGACUUCCAGGCCAUAAUCGGCACAGAUCUUUCUAUAUACUACGCCGGCCACUUGGUUAUGGUGUUCCAUGUAUGCCUUGCCUGCUAGCAUCUUGCACCCUUCUGUUAUGUGCUGGAUUGUCUCAGGAGCAUCUUUACACAGCCUGCACCUGGGGUCUUGCCUGGUGUGAUAGACCCCAGCCUCUGUUUAUCUUGUGUUUAGAGCUUGUUCCUGUGCUGCCAUAAUUAGUGCUAUCUUUCAGCCCAGGCUUGUCCAGCCAGAUUUCUGGAUGUCAACUACCUCCUCUAUUUGCCGGUGGUACAUACCAUGCAGGGGUCUGUCCUUCCAUGAUGGUUCCUUCUCUUGCUCCUCUUUCUUGGGUUUCUGCUGCCUGAGGUAUUCACUAAGCACUCGGUCAGUUGUGGGCAUUUUCCAGAUGUCUCGUCCUGGACUUUGGUACUGACACUCACUAGUCCCAGGCAUCCUUCCUUCCAUUUAGCGUAUAGUGUCAGGGUGCUGGACUUGGAGUGAAACCCUCCGUGCAUGGUCAGGAGCUUCCUUGUGUUAAAGUCAGUGGGUUCCAUCUCCUCCUUCGGCCAGUUUAUUAUCCCAGCAGGGUACCUGAUCUAGUUGCUCUUCGUGGUUCCCAUUUGCACGUGGGAUUCCCAGGUACUUGUAGCCAUCCUCAAUGUCUGCAAUGAUGCCUCCGGUAGCACGAUCCCCUCAGUUCAGACAGUCUUCCCCUCUUUGUUACCAUCCACCUACUUCUCCAGUCUGAAUGACAUUCAUUCCCGGAUAUUCUGGUGGUGUGAAUCAGUGAAUUGAUACCUCAUUCAUUCCUGGCAUACAGCUUGAUGUCAUCCGUGUAGAGGAGGUGGCUGGUGAUUGCUUCAUUCUGUAGUCGGUAGCCAGUCUUGUCAAUGGGGAUAGAGCAUCUCCUUAGUAGAUCCAGCAAUUGAUAUAUACAAUUAAAAACAAUGAAAACAGUACAUUUUAAAUGUCUAAAUAUUUUCAAGAGUGCUCACAAAGCAUCAACAUAACCAACUAAAUAAAAUCCUAACUUAAGAAUAAAUACAGCAGUUUAUCCACAGAAAGGUGAGGGAAAUAAGCGUAUUAGAGCAUGUACUGAUACAGCACCAUGCUGCUACAUUAUCUACCCUAUUUACUGUUGUUUUUCGAUGGUGAACAACUCCCACUGCUGGCAAAAACGCAGCAUGGCCGGGAAGAAUGGACUAAAGCGAGGCCCUUUGGGUUGCCAGGUUUGAUAUUAAAAAGUGCCGCAUAUCAUGAUACAGGAUGCAGGAAAGAAUGCACUUUCGAUGGCAGUAUAAUUAUUUGAGUUCCAUAUCGACGCAAAAUAUGUGGCAGUACAGCGUUUUAGCCAUCUUAAAUGUAUAAAAGGGCUAAAUGUGACCGGAGGUUAAGCAGGAUAAGAAUAACAGUCUGGCAUCCCGUGAAAGCCAGACGUCAGUGGUCUGCGGCUGUAGUGAGUUUGCAGCUAGCUUUUGUUCGAGGGGACGUAAAAUCAGCAAGCGAGUAGACGUCGAGACAUCAACACAAGGACAUCAAACGACACGGACCACCAGAUAAAUGUGAAGCCUGGGAUUUAACUGUGUUGU